AUGAAUGGAGUCGCCCCAGUUGACCCAUUGGAUUCAGCCGACUACGACCCAAUAACCCACCUGAACACCAUCUUCGGCACCCCCGGUACCCUCUCCUCCGUCCCAUCUAUCUCCACCUCGUUAACAAACCAUGUCACCACUCUAUCGGACAAUAUCCGUACGUUGGUUGCGAACCAAGCGAUCUCCGAUGCUUCGAGCGUCACACGCGUGGCCCAUGCCAAGGCCGACUUGGACGAGUUGUUCAAGAAUAUUGAAACGGUGAGGGGGAGGGCUAUAGCUACGGAACAGGCGAUUACGGCUAUGACGGCGGAUAUUAAGAGGUUGGAUGCUACGAAGAAGAAUUUGACGGUGUCGAUGACGGCGUUGAAGAGGUUGCAGAUGUUGACUACUGCAUUCGAACAACUGAAAGCACAAUGUAAACUCCGCCAGUACCGCGAUUGUGCACAACUCCUACAGGCCGUUUUGCAGUUAAUGGCCCAUUUCAAAUCAUACCGUUCAAUCGACCAAAUCGCCACUUUAUCCCGUAACAUAGCAGAACUACAAUCCCUCCUCCUCGAGCAAGUCUGCGAAGACUUCGAAUUGACGUUUACAAAAGACGAAGUCUCCAUCCGUCGGAACAUGUUAUCCGAAGGGUGUGAAGUAAUGGAUGCAGUCGGUGACUCCGCCAGAACUCGACUGGUGAAUUGGUAUUGUAAUACUCAACUGAGAGAGUACCGCCAGAUAUUUAGAGGGAGUGAAGAAGCUGGGUCGUUGGAUAAUAUAUCAAGACGGUAUUCAUGGUUGAAAAGGAUUUUGAAGAGUUAUGAUGAAGAACAUAUUUAUAUCUUCCCCGCGGCUUGGAAGGUUAAUGAGAUCCUUGCUAGGACGUUUUGUGAUAACACAAGGGAGGAUUUUAAGGGUACUUUGGUGAAGACUAUGCGAGCAGAUGGUGGGAAGAGUUUGGAUGUCAAUUUGUUGUUACGGUGUUUACAGGAAACCCUGGAUUUUGAACAAUUCCUUGAAAAGCGGUUUGCGGCGGAUACCAGAGUUUCGAUCGACACGAUAAGUUCGCGAGAAGAGAAACCUCUGAUAUUUGGAAAAGCCAUUUCGGAGGCCUUCGAGCCGUAUUUAAGUCUCUGGGUGGAUUCUCAAGAAAAGACACUGGCGGGGUUAAUCCCCGUAUUCAAAUCACAACCGAUACGACCCGCCGACGAAGACUUUAAUACCUCAGCCGUCCUACCGUCCUCUAUCGAACUAUUCCAAUUCUACAAAGUCACAUUCGCACAAUGUGCAAAACUAUCAGCCGGCGCAAAACUCUACGAUCUAACGGGGAUAUUUGCCAGAUUUUUGGAUUCUUAUUCGGAGAAUGUGCUGUUAUACCAUUUACCUGAUAAACCUGGCGUUAUAGCGUUACCGAAUGAUGAGACGAUUAUUACGAUAUUGAAUACGGCGGAUUAUUGUCACGCGUUGACAUCACAGCUCGAGGAGAGGAUUAAAGGAAGGAUUGAUGAGGAGUAUAGGAAUAAAGUCAACCUUGAGAAACAACAGGAUACGUUUAUGUCUGUUGUUAGUAUUGCGAUACGAGCGUUGACUAGGAAGGUGGAGGUUGAAUUAGAACCUAUUUGGAGGGAAAUGAGGAAUACACCGUGGAGUAAACUGGAGACUGUGGGGGAUACUAGUACUUAUGUUGGAGAACUGGUGAGGGUUAUCAAGGAAGAGGCGAAGAAGGUUUUGGUUUUGAUUGUGAAGGAACAGUAUAAACGGGCGUUUUGUGAUAGGUUGGUCGAAGGGGUUGCGAAUAGUAUUUUGGGGAAUUUGAUGGGAUGUAAGCCGAUUUCCGAGGUUGGAGGGGAGCAGAUGUUGCUGGACGUCUAUUCCAUCAAGAAGUGUCUUGAAGAACUUAUGACACUAACGGCCGAAGAAGGGGCUACAGCACCGACUACCUUUAUAAAACACGUCACCCGUGCCAUCUCCCGCAUAGACAUAAUCCUCAAAGUCAUCCAAGUCCGCUCCUCACCCCCAGAAGGCAUAGUCCAAGCCUACCUAAUCCACAUAGCCGACAAAUCCGAACCCAACUUCCGAAAAAUCUUAGACAUAAAGGGUAUAAAAGGUCGAGAAGUCAGCGAACGAGUCGAAUUAUUCCAUGCCCAUAAAUCCGCCUAUGACGGAUUAAGCGAAGGAAACGUAGUGAUGAAUCUACUCACUAAUAAUAUCAGUAGUAUUAUCGGUGGGGGAGGGAAUACGGGUAUGCCGAUGAUGAUUUCGGGUGGACCUGGAGGGUUGAUGAUGUCUCCUGCAUUGGGGGGUAAAUUUGAUGCGGCUACUUUUGGAAGUGCGUUGAUGGCGGGAGUUAAGGAAGGGGUUGAUAGACUUGGGACACCAGGUGGGAUUGGAAGUGUGGGGGGUAGUACGGGGGCUAAUAGUCCUGGGGCUAGUAAUGUACAGCUUGGAGUGGCAGAUGUGGCGAAGGAUGGGGUUGCGGGGUUGAAUGAGAGUAUGAAGAACUUUGGGAGGUUCUUUAGAGGAGGCAGGUUUGGGAGUGUGGAUGGGGGGAAGUAA